AUGCCUUAUAACAUUUAUGAUUUAUAACUAAGAUAAUAAGACCGACUGUUAGCCAAGUUCUAAGAACUGUUUAGCAAGCCAUCUCAUUACACUUAAUUAAAUAAAAGUGAAGCUAUUCUUAUAGCUACUUUAUUUCUUUUAGAAGGAUUAUCUUAAACUACAUUAAUGCUACAUACUUCACUAAUACUGAUUUAUUUGCUAAAGAUCAUUUACUCAUCAAAUCCUGAAUAAUUGUAAAUCUUCACUAUAAAAUGGUUUAUAUUAAGUAAAAUCAUUACAUGUAGAUUUUUUUGGGGUUUUGUGUCAGAAAAUAAUAUUGAAUAAUUGAAUAUGGAUUUUGUAUUACUAUCUUUUUAGAUGAUGGCUAUAGUAAUUAAAAUGAAGUUAUCCAACUUUAAAAUUGCAAUAAUUACAUUUAUUCUAACAUUUUAUGUUGGAUUACAAUAUUUUGACUCAUAAAAGUUCGAUAAUAUUAUAAUUGUGUGUUGGAUUGCAGGAUUAGCAAAUAUUUGGAUGCUUUUUCAAAAAUAGUAGCAACUUUAAGAUGUUUAUGAUAAAAAGAUAAGGGAGUUUGAUGGAGAGGCAAUUAGAUUAAAGAAAGAAACAGAGAUGUCAUAUAAAACCAUAAUAAUUGAAGAUUAAUAAUAAUCUCGUUAAGAAGAAUUAUUAAAAAAAUUACGUUUAUUGAAAUAUUAAAAACUAUUAGAAAAAACUGAGAAUUUUUACUUUGAAGAGAAGUUAUUACAAAAACAAUUGAGUUCUCCUUCUAAAGUUUUAACAGUAAGAAACUUGCCAGAUGAUGAUGAUAAAAGUUCUAUUUAAGAGAUUGAAGAUUCUCCUAGUAAGAAAUCUCCAAGUAGAAGAGCUAUAAGAAUGAAUUCUAUUAAUGAAUCUUUAUCUUUUGCUCAUACUGUAGGACAUAGUAUAGUUAGAGAUGAAAUUAAAGAAGAUGAUAACUUUUUCACUUUAGAAGACUUAAAUGAUUUACUUAAAAUUGUAAGUGGAAGAAAAGAACAUUUGUGGUUACCUACAUUUUUAAGAAGUAAUAAAAAUAUUGAUUCCAGAGGAUCUGAUUCUUUUUCUCCUGAAGCCAAAAAGUAAUUUAAUUUUAUAUAUUAGUUUUAUCCUUAAUCAUUUUACUGAGUGUGAAUUUAAUUUUUUGUAAUAAUCAGAAGAAACCUAAAUUUAAGAUCAUAAUUAUUUCAUAGAUUCUAAUCAUAAUUAAAUGACAGAAUGCUUAAAUAAUUUUAAUUUUGAUUUUUUUGAAGCAAAUGACCAAAAUAAAUUUAUUAAUUUUAGUUCAUUUAUAUUUCAAAAAUAUAAGUAAAGAAUUUUAAUCUAUAUAAGCAUAAAUUAGGUAUUGAAAAUAAAAGAAAAGUCAGUAUAAAUUGAGUUUUGCCAUAGAAUAGAAUCAUUUUAUAUGUAAAAUCCUUAUCACAAUUCUAUUCAUGCAAUGGAUGUGGCAAAUUCUGCAUCUUUUUUUCUAGAGAAUGGACUUGAAGUGACACCAUUCGAAUAAUGUUGUUUAAUUAUUUCAUCAUUAUCACAUGAUGUAGGACAUCCAGGAUUAAAUAAUGGUUUUUUAGUGGCUUCGCAAUCUAAAUAGGCAUUAAUAUGUAUAUAUUAGAAAUUUAAAUAGAUAAUGAUUAAAGUGUAUUAGAAAGUUAUCAUGCUUCUUUGAUGUUUCAUGUAUUGAAAGAUGAUAAAGCUAAUAUAUUAAAAAACAUAAAUGAUGUUGAUUAUAAAGGAUUUAGAAAAUAUUGUUUAAAUUUAAUCUUGGAUACUGACCUUCAAAAGCAUUUUCCAUUAUUAAAUAAAUUUAAAAAUUUUCUAGCUUUAGGUUCAGACAGUUAAAAAGAUGAGCAAAAUAAAUUACUUAUUCUAUCGAUAGCAAUAAAAUGUGCAGGUAAUAGAGGAGUAUAUAUAAUAAAUUAGAUAUUGGACAUGGAGCAAAAUAAUUAAAUUUGCAUAAGAUAUGGAGUCGAAGAAUAAUAGAGGAGUUCUUUUUAUAAGGAGAUUUAGAAGCAUAAGUGGGAAUUUAAGUGACACCUAUGUGCGACAGAAGUCAAAGUGUUACUAAAUCUCAAGAAGGUUUCUUAAAAGCUAUAGUGUGGCCUUUAUUUGAUGCUUUUGGGGAAUUUUUAAAAUAGUAACAAAACCAUUUAUUUUAAUAGAGAGAAUUUUAAAAAGACUUGUUUAGAUUAAAUAACAGUGAAUAUUUAAUAUUGGUAGUAAUAAUAAUAAGAGGAGGAAUAAAAUGAAUAAGGAUAUAAAUGUUCAUUCUUUAAAGAUACUAAUAUAAUUAGCAUUCCUGUAUAAAAUAAAAAUAUGAUGUUCAAUUUAAAUUGGUGA